AUGCCUGCGGCAAACAAUGAAGAUGAACAGCUCUUGGCCAACAAGUCGCAUUGCUUUGACUGCUCCAAAGUGGCAGUAGAUCACUUGGACGAGUGCACAUCUGAUGUCACGGUCAAAGUGUCUGAGCAGUUUGCCUUGCACUGGCUCAAGGAUGAGGCCGAUGAUGAGGAAGUGGUCAGGGUGAUGACGCAGCUUCUCACAGCCCGGCCGGAGCUGGAGGCACCGCUGCUGACUGCAAUUAGUGCCUCCCAAGUGUUCAAGAGAUCUACACAGCGGCAGUCGACCUGGCCAAGCUUCGACCCAAAAACAAUCCCACGAAUCGAGUUCGAGGAAUAUAUCUCAGAGUUGCCAAGGCUACGAUUUGCCACCUCUCGCUACUUUGUGGGCGAGGAAGAGCAGAAGUUUGAGAUUGAGGUAACCCGUUCAGGGCCGUUGCAUGCCGAGUCAAGGGUUGUGCUUCAUACCAACGACUUGUCUGCAAAGGCCAAUGUAAAUUACGUCGAACAACGGAAGAUGUUGGUUUUCAAACCCGGCACGGAUUCCGUCACUGUGAGCAUUGACCUGAUAGCCAGCGACGAGUGGUCUCCAACUCUAGAGUUCGAGGUAAUUCUUGACCCGUCCACCACUUCCAAUGCUGAACUGGAUGCGUAUGGAAGAUCGGCACGAGUGAAGAUAGACGACAAGGACGCUUUUCCCUCGAACGUUGUCGAUGUGCGGAAGCUUGCGAAGAGUUUGUCGUGGGAGCACUUCAGGCAAGCACUUGAAAACGCACCACUGUUGAUUCUGAUGGGGGAGUACUUGAAGCUCAACUUUCGCAAUGACACCGUUCGCAGAGGUACGAUUAAGAUGUUGAUGGCUGCAGAGUGCCAUCACUUGUAUGGAAUUUUGAGGCUGUUUCUGAGCGUGUUGCUCGUCGACAAAGUCUUCAAGAGCGGGGAAGAGCUUUCUCCUGAUCCCCCGCAGUCAGUGGUAGAGUUUCUGCAUAGCCGUCCGGGAAUGCUGGUGGCAGUGAUGUGCGGCAUGCUGCUGCCUUUUGCAGUCCUCCACUACCUCGACUACAUCUCCCUGACAUGGAGAGUAGGUGGGGCAUCGCGAGCGCAGCUGCUUUCUGCGCUCGUGCGAAGGCUUUUACACUAUGAUGUGUCCUCCAGGAUUGACAUCAAGCAAGGUGCAGAGAUUAUGGCCAUGACAAAGGACGUCGAAGAUAUCGUGCAGAAUGGUUAUAUGGGAGUCCUGGAAAUCAUAUCCCAUUUACAAAAUCUCGCAACUGUCUUAGCGUACCAGAUCAUUUCCCGGCUGAUUCUCCAAGAGCCCAUCAGCCCAUGGAGCAUCGCUCCACUCGCAGUACAUCCCACAGUCCUGGCUCUUUUUGGCAUUUGCCGUCGCAAAACUACAAUUCACGUUCAGCAAGCCGAAAAUGCUGAACGAGCUUCCUUGGUCAGCCAGAUGCAGAGUGUCACACUGAACAACACCAUCAUUCGGAACCUUGGUGGAGUGGCGAAAGCCAUUGACCAGUUCGAGAAGGGGAUCGCAGCCUUCAAUGGCUCGUUGAUAAACACCCUUCAAGUCAUGAAGAAUAACAUGUACUUUGCAAACUGGAUGGGGCUCGUGAUGCUGGCAGCGUACACGCUCGUCGGCGGGCUUGAGGUCAUAGACGGAAAGAUGAGGAUGGGUAUCUUCCUGGCAGACAUCACCUUGUUCACGCAAAUCAAUGUGACAUGGAGUUUGAUUUGCAGUAAGAGUGUCGAGAUAAACAGUAUUUUGCCCGGGCUCGAGCGCGUCGUCAUCCUCAUGAAUCUUCCGACCGAUCUUCCUGAUCGCCGAAAGCUGUUGAGGCACUUGAUUUCCGCAUCAAAGGGAAUGCGGAGCAUUAUGGAGGAGAAAAGUGAAACCUCAAAGCUGAAAUUGGACGAUAUGCCGCUGUUCCUCAAGG